AUGCCGGAGCAUAAUCGUUGCUCCUACUGUAAGGCUGCUCAUAAGAUUUAUUAUUGUGACAAAUUUCAAAAUUUAGAUUUCUCCGCAGAAUCGAAAUUUAUUAAAGAAUCGAAAGCUUGUUGGAAUUGUUUGAGUCCAGGACAUUUCAAAGACCGCUGUAAUAGUUCAUCCACUUGUCGUAUAUCUAUCCAGCGACACCACACGCUGUUACAUAACACCGCAGUUUCUCCCGCUGCCGCAUCUGCUCAUGUCUUCGAGAGCAAAAGUACCGCUCUGUGUACCGCAUUUGUUGACACCGCUUCGUUUCCAACCGCUUCGUCUCUAACCACUUCGUCUCCAAUCGCUUCGUACGAGAACCGCACUGCUACUCAUCGUUCAUCUUGUCCAAGCAAUAGAGCUAGUCCACUGCUCACAACGCGAAAGCUAGUUCUAUUAUCUACCGCAUUAGUAAGGAUUCGGGAUUGCGCUGGUCAACCGCUCGUCUAUUGUUCGCCACGGGAUCUCACGCUUCGAAUUGGUUCUUCGCAACGUGGUCGCUGUAAAGGCGAGACACUACUCACGCUUUCGCUACAUUGUUCAGAGGAUUGCUACUCGAUUACUGCGUUGAUUCUUCCGAUAAUCACCAAUGAUUUGCCAACUCAAAGAUUUCUCGUUUCAAAUUGGCCACACUUUCUGAGUUUAGUCUUAGCUGAUCCGUAUUUCGCUGAGCCGGGCUGCAUAGACAUGCUCAUAGGUAUGGACGUAAUGGACCAACUCAUAUGUAUGGAAUUCCGAAAGGGCCCGCCCGGCACACCUAUGACGCAGAAGACAGUUUUUGUCUGGACUUUUUUCGGUAACGUUGUCAAUCCUGUUACGCUUACUAACAACUUGUUGUCGCUGCAUUUCGAUAUUCAUUUGGAUCAAGCCCUAGCCAUAUUGUGGGCGUUAGAAGAGUUGCCUGAAAAACAUUACCUUACUCACGAAGAAAACUUUUGCGAAGAUCAUUUUAUUUCCACUCAUAAAAGAAUGCCUGAUGGUCGUUUCGUGGUAGAGUUAGCACUUAAACCAAACGAGUCUCUCGGGAGUCACGAGAUCUUGCAGUCCGUAACCUGUUACGUAUCGAGCGAGGACUCGAAAGUAACAACGAUUUACGUUUACAGUAUAUAUAAUGAGUUUAUGAGAGAACUCAUUGAAAUGGGGCAUAUGGAAGCCGUUUCUGAGACGACUAGUAUGGCAUACUAUAUGCCGCAUCACCCAAACGCACCGUUACGCAGUUACGGCAGACGUCGCAAAAAUGUAUCGGCAGAUUAUCGCAUGCUACGGGUAACCUAUGGAGUGGCUGCCGCGUCUCAUCUAGCUGUUAAAUCAUUACAGGAAACAGCUAAGCGCUCAUCUAAUAGCUGCAAAAAAUCUGUUGAGGUAAUCCUCAAGGACUUCUACAUGGACGAUUUGCUUACUGGUGCAUCCUGCAAAUCGGAGCUCCUAACGCUUCAACGGAACGUGUCUGAAAUUCUUCAAGAAGGCGGCUUCGAACUACGAAAAUGGGCAUCUAAUUGCACAGAGUUAAAUAAGAGCAUUUCUAAUUCAUCUACGAGUAUAUCGCAUUAUAUUGCUGAUAGUAAAGACGUUCACGCACUCGGGCUCAUGUGGAACGUAGAUGGCGACUAUUUUACAUUCGCAAUCAAUUUAAAGAAACCACCCGCAAUCUUAACUAAGAGAGCAUUUUUGUCAGAUGCUAGUACUCAUUUUGAUCCCUUGGGCUUGCUUGCUCCUGUAACGAUUUGCUCCAAAAUGUGGUUCCAGGACACCUGGCGCGUUCAAGUUGGUUGGGAUGAACCGAUACCAACCACUAUUGCUACACAAUGGCUAGAACAUCGUUCGCAACUUCAUCAAAUGGCCGAUUUAAAGGUGAGCCGCUGGCUCGGUACUGGAACGACUUGGUCGUUCACUGAAUUGCAUCUUUUCGCUGACGCCUCGGAGCGCGCUUACGCUGCGGUGAUGUACGCGCGCACUAUUCACGAUGAUGGGCAGAUAGUCGUGUCAAUAAUUUCGUCAAAGACUAAAGUGGCACCCAUAAAGCCCACAUCGCUACCUCGCCUGGAAUUGUGCGCCGCUCAUCUCGCUGCCAAGCUAGCCAGAAGUACUCAACAAUUACGCUGGCAUGGUUGCAAGCCCACCCUAGCCGAUGGGAAACGUUUGUCGCGAAUCGUGUUUCCGAGCUCCACGAAGUUCUUCCUGCCGAAUCGCUGGAAUCGCGUACGAUCUGAAAAUAAUCCAGCGGAUUGCGCUUCUAGAGGCGUAACACCACUUAAACUCCUGCAUCAAGAGCAGUGGUGGAACGGUCCAAGUUUCCUGCGUAGUUCAAACGCUUAUUGGAAGUCCGGUUCGUCAAAGACGCAUGUGACUGAUUUUGGUCUACGGAAGAAAGUACGGGCGCAUCUUACUCAUUCGGACAAUCAUUGGUCUGUAAUGACCAAAUACUCAUCGUAUUCGAAACUAAAACGUGUCAUGGCCUACGUUUUACGCUUCGUAUUCAACGCUCGCUCCAUUACGCUGCAUAACGCUGAGAAACGAUGUGGUCCUGUUAGCUCUACAGAAAUAGCUGAAGCUGAACCGCAAAAAGGCCGAUCCCGCUUCGCAGUAGCCUAUUGCGCUUACAGCCAUUUCUUGACUCGAAUGGAAGAGGAGCAAAAAUCCAUUAAGGGCUACAUUUGUUCUUUCGUUUGCAUGUGCGCUGGUGCUGUGCAUCUAGAAUUCGUUGGCGAUCUGUCGGCAUCUGCCUUCCUUAACGCAUUCAAAAGAAACGCUGUCGAUCUCGAAAUAUUAACUCCGGGCCACUUUAUGGUCGGCGAACCGCUUAAGUCGAUCUCGGAUCCUGAGGGUCAAGGCCUACUGCCCACAAAGAAGGAUCUAGUUUCCGAGGAAUUAACAUUUAGUUCGUAA